AUGCACCGGCCGGAUGAACAAUCAGUGGAAUCCGCGAGUCAUAACAAAACCGUAGUCGUUGAGCGCCCCACAGCUCGUGUUGCAUUACCACCUCCUGCAGUAGAUGGUGACUCCGAUGGGGAAGCCGAGGCAGAUGGAUCGCAAGCAAAUGAUGGUGAUCUGUUGGAAGACUUUCCGGACGAAACUGACGAAUUAGAACUCGUACACUCGCGAUUGAGCUCUUUGGCUAAUCUUCGACUUGAUCGGUUCGCAAGGCAUCUGAAAAAGUUAUGCCUCAGACAAAACGUUAUAUCGCAUCUAGAUCCAGAGAUCUUUAAGCUGCUCACGCAGCUUGAAGAGCUUGACCUGUACGAUAAUAAACUCAAGACUUUGGGAGAUGCAUUAGACAGUAUGUCUGCUCUAACCGUUCUGGACCUUUCAUUCAACCUUCUACGACAAGUGCCGGAGGCACUGUCGCAUCUACGUUCCUUGAAGACCGUGUAUUUCGUUCAAAACAAGAUCUCCAAAAUCACUGGCUUGGAAUCUGUUGGAGCGACAUUAAGAAGUCUUGAACUUGGGGGAAAUAGAAUACGGCAUAUCGAAGGGUUGGAUGCGUUGGUCAACCUGGAGGAAUUGUGGCUUGGAAAAAACAAGCUCACUAAACUAGAGAAUCUGAGUACACUAAGCAGACUGAAAAUAUUGUCUCUUCAGUCUAACAGGAUCACAAAGAUCGAGGGUCUGGACCAAUUGGCUGAGUUAGAAGAGCUCUACUUGAGCCACAAUGGGGUCGAGCGUUUGGAAGGUCUCGAGAACAAUACAAAGCUGAGAACACUCGACAUUGGUGCGAACUUUGUUCCAGCGAUCGAAAAUAUUUCGCAUCUAGUAUCCAUAGAGGAGCUCUGGCUCAACAACAACAAGAUUGCUGAUCUGCGAGCUCUCGAACCGCAGCUCAAGAAUAUGGCAUCCCUUGAAACGAUUUACCUGGAAGGCAAUCCUUGUCAGCAGGCCGAAGGUACAGGUUACAGACGGAAGAUAAUGCUUGCGCUUCCUCAGGUCAAGCAAAUUGAUGCCACGUUAGUAUUCCCUUUCGAUUGA